AUGAAGUAUAACAAACUGCAAACAUUUAAAGUCUGCGGUGGGUAUGUUAAUAAGAAACAUCUUGAGCCAUUGUAUCAUACAAAAGAUAGUGUUAAAGAUUCUACUGAAUUAUAUUUAUAUGGUACAGUCAUUGGGGUUUAUUUGUCAAUAUUAUGCCACGAAGAAAACAAUACCGACAAAUCUGUUACAUUCUUUACAUGUGAUGACAUGAUUUUAAGCCACUAUAAUGAAUCUGAAACAGCAAACAUGGCUAUGUUAAAAGUCGGAAUGAGAGAAUUUUUAACAUAUCGUGUGCCUGAGUAUGACAUAGUUUUAUUACCUGUUUGCAAGUUCAAUCACUGCUAUCUUAUUGUUGUUUUCACAAAAUUGUAUAAUAUCAUGUUUCUUGACAGUAAUUUAAAUUCAGUUAAUCGUGAUGAUAUAAAAUUCACUAUAAAAUUAUUUAAAUUGUAUUAUAAUUUUUUUGGUAAGGAUUUUGAUGAAAAACGGUUUACCAUCUACGGACCAAAGGUAUUCCAAUAA